GGAAAGGAAAAGCCGAAUUUAUAUAUUGAGUUAUCUUAAAUAAGUUGUAAAACCGUUUAUAAUUGUAGUCUGCCUUUUAAAAACUCAUUUACUGGUAGCGUACAAUAUUUAGAUGUUCCAGGCGAUUACGUAUCCUUUAAGCCGUAGUAAACAACAUGAUAAACAGUUAGUUUAAGUUGAAAAGAAAGAAUUAUUCUCACAUAUUAAAGGCUAGGAUAAAAAGGUAUCUUCAGGUAUAAUUGGGAACCCGAGAAGUUUAAAUUUGCAACGACCACAAGUUGACGACAUGCGGAGCAUACAGAGGAAACAAAGAGAGGACAUUUGGGGCUUACUUCAAGAAGACGAGCUUCAAGAGCAAGUAGGAGGUGAAAACCUACAAAAGGAACAGGAAGAAAAGGAGAAGAAAGUGUGGCGGAGAUUGUUAGAGCCUAACUGUCCUUGUUGUCCUAACUUGUCCAAACGUUACACCAUAGCUCUCUUAAGUUCUGUAGGGUUUCUUAUUAGCUUUGGUAUUCGGUGUAAUUUAGGGGUGGCCAUAGUUCAGAUGAUUAGCAAUAUCCAUGGACAGGGUCCUGAAUUUGACUGGUCGCCAGCAACAAUUGGCGUAGUUGACUCUUCAUUUUUUUGGGGGUAUCUGGUAACUCAAGUUCCUGGAGGCUUUUUGGCAGCAAAAUACCCAGCUAACAGGAUAUUCGGCACUGCUAUUGGUGUGUCUGCUCUACUGAACCUGCUAGUGCCAGCGGCUUGUACGGUCCAUCCAGGAUUAACUAUUUUUGUCCGAAUUCUACAGGGGUUAGCUGAGGGAGUUACUUACCCAGCGUGCCACGGGAUAUGGCGUCAUUGGGCACCACCACUUGAAAGAAGCCGUUUGGCUACGAUAUCUUUUUGUGGUUCCUAUGCCGGAGCUGUAAUAGGGAUGCCCUUAUCUGGAAUGCUGACUGAUCGUAUCGGCUGGCAGACUUGCUUCUACUUUUACGGAGCCUGUGGCUUGCUUUGGUACGUCUUCUGGAUGUGGCUGACGUUUCAAAGUCCUGGAAAGCACCCAACCAUAAGUCAACAAGAGCUAAUAUACCUACAGAGGUCACUAGGCAACGUAUCCAACAAUAGUUCGUUGCAGUUAAGGUCUAUCCCUUGGAAACGUAUGUUGACGUCAAUGCCUGUAUACGCCAUUAUUGUGGCCAACUUUGCCCGUAGCUGGAGUUUCUACUUGCUGUUGAUAUCCCAACCUAUGUAUUUUAAAGAGGUCCUCCAUUUCCACAUUGACAAGUCAGGGGUGCUUGGAGCUCUCCCCCAUCUGCUCAUGACGAUUGUUGUCCCAAUAGGGGGCCAACUAGCGGACAUGAUACGUCGAAGAAACUUAAUGACAACAACAAUGGUCCGGAAAGUGUUCAAUUGUGGAGGUUUUGGAUUGGAGGCAGUGUUUCUCCUGGUAGUCGGCUACACCCGAAAUACAACAGUUGUUCUUAUAGCCCUUACUUUAGCUGUUGGCUUCAGUGGAUUUGCUAUUUCCGGUUUCAAUGUAAAUCAUCUCGACAUUGCUCCUCGGUACGCUAGUAUCUUGAUGGGAAUGUCCAACGGUUUUGGAACACUCUCUGGAAUGAUCUGUCCUAUAAUUGUGGAAACUCUGACCAAACAUUCUACGGCCGAGGAAUGGGAAAAGGUAUUUUUGAUAGCCAGUUUAAUUCAUUUUGGUGGUAUCAUAUUCUACGCUGUUUUCGCCUCUGGUGAGGUCCAGGCAUGGGCAGAACCUCCACCAGAAGCGGAAGAAACGUCGUGGAAUCCAUUAGAAAACGUUUUCAAAGACGAAAAUGAUCAAACCGAUAGACCUUUUGCCACAUCUUCUAAACAGUCAUCAUAUCACACUUUAAACCUUUGCCAGGAAACUGUGCUUAAACCAACUAAGGGGGGAUCUACUGAAGCAUCUCAAGGGGAGUAAUAUUCCCCCGUAACCUCAACGUGAGAUUGAUGUUAUAUUUGAAGUAAACAAUGUUGAAGUUAUGUGUAAAAACAAUGUAAAAAAAUGGAAUAGUAUUAAUAAUGACAAUAAGUAAAAAUUAAUUGUUUUCAAUUGUAAUCUUAAUAAAAUUUAUGUGUUUCAGGCAUAGAGAAUUGUUUGUAGGUGCAUCAUUAAAUAUUUAGUGUUCUUUUGUUUUUGUAUUUUAAUUUUAGUUAUCA